AUGAAGCCCACUGCUCUACUUCUAGGUCUUCUCUUGUCGGUCCUCUGCUUCUCCAGCUUCGUGGCUGGAGCGGACGAUCCCACGGAUGGCAGCACCACUCCCACCGACGGAAGCACCACGCCCACUGAUGGCUCUACUACCCCAACCGACGGCUCGACCACCCCCACGGACGGCUCCACUACUCCCACCGACAGCUCUACCACCCCCACUGAUGGCUCGACCACCCCUACUGACGGCAGCACCACCCCAACUGAUACCUCCACCACCCCCACCGACUCCAGCCCCUCCCCAACUGCAAAACAACCGCAGAGCAGCUCGCCGCCGUCGCCAGAGGGCCCAACGUCGCCGCCAGAGAAUCGCCAACCGCAGGAGGAGGAACAGGAACAGUCGCAGGAACAACAGCAACAGGGUCGGCUAAAUGUAACAUUUACAUUGUGA